AUGGCAACGACUACUCCAAUCAGGCCCAGUGCCUCGGCCACAGAUGUCGUCAACUGGCUCAGUAGUCGCCCUCAACCCAACUCCCCAUCCGACCAGGGAACCAUGAGACUUCUGCUCUUUCAGACUCGCAACCAGUCUACGGCAAAGAAGGCUCCAAGUCUAUCUUCACCGCCACCCGUAUACCUGGCAAGACCACCUCCGCCUCAGAACGAGACCUCUCAGCGCCAGAUCGAUGCGGACUUCGUGCUGGAUGUUCUCGAGAAGCUGGAUCUCCCGUUGGCGUCGUUUGGGAGCUACCUUCGCGGUCACAUCACAUUCGUAUGCAUUCCUGCAUCAAACUCGGCCAGGACCCAUACGUCGGCGGCCACCACCACCACCAACCUGGCUUCCACAUGUACCAAAUACUACUGUUCCACGUCGAGCUGGACCAUUUCCUGGUCGUACUGUCCCGCGUUCAAACACACCGCCGCCGUGAUGUGGCACAGGGAAGGGGACGGAGACCAACGAAAAGCAGAAGUCCUCUCCGAUCUGGUCCGACUCCAGCACCACUUGGCGCACCCGAUGCUGCUGGGGUUCAUCAAGACGAAGAUCUCCCUGAGCUUCACCUUCGACAUGCUAGACGACAUGAACAGAGAGACCCUCGAGCUUGAGCAGGCCAUCGGCUUUCCGACCUGGAACUGGCUGCUGGAUCGCGUGGAGCCCGGCCGAGGCGUCGGCGACGCACAAGACCAAGCGGUCGAGGGGUUCAACAUCCUCUCGGGGAAACUGACAAACAUCCGUUUCCGACUGCGGACCUUCCAGCAGCAGAUCAAGUUUAUAUCCAGGUGCAACGCCGGGUACCGACUCAGCCUGGACAGCUCGGCCUCAUCAUCACCCCACUUCGAAGCGUUGCUCCGGGAAUGCGACGAGCUACAAUUGUACAUGGACGUCAUGUGGGACUACACGUUCGUGCACCUCAUGGACGCCGACUCACUAGGCGAGAGACUACAGAACGCCAUGAACUCGGUCUUUCAACUGACCACGCAACGCGACUCGCGCGCCAGCCUGGCCAUCGCCGACAUCAACAACGAGCUGGCCUGGCAAGGCCGGAACAACAACACCGCCAUGAUGACCAUCGCCUUCAUCUCGCUGUUGUUCUUGCCCGGCACCUUUGUCGCCUCCUUCUUCCAGACGCCCAUCUUCAAUUUCCCCGACCCCGAACCCCCCACGGACGCCAACAACACCAAUAGGCAGAUCAUCGUCGCGCAGCCUUUUUGGAUCUAUUGGACCGUAAGCGGCGUCUUGACGUUGGGCCUGGGACUCGGCUGGAUGAGUUAUCUGCGCCGGAGGAGAGAAAUGGACCGCAAGGAGCGUGAGUUUGAGAGGACGCAGUUCCGCGACAGAAUACGGAGGCGCAAGGAUGGCGGCGCCGCUUCUUUCGUGUUGGAUAGAGGUCCUCCCGGUGGCGUGACAACGGCCGUCAGUGAAAGGUGGUUCCGUCGUUCGCUGUUUGACUGCGGGCCUUGGAGGAUGGGGAUGGGUGGACUGGAAAGGAACAGGAACAGGUUUAGUGGCGGCAGGCAUGAGAAGAUGCGAUGGAAUGAGGUAGAGAAAACUGCCACGGCCAAACCGCUUGAGUAUGCUGGCAGUAUGCAACGAUCAUAUGGCGACAGCACUACCCAUACAUGGUAA